UCGACUCCCGCCAAAAUGUCAUGAUCGGCCGCGAAAUUUCCCUUUCCUUAUAUUCCCAAAACGACUAGUUUCUUCCCCUCACCCAGCCUCCAAAGCCAUUUCCUGCCUACGAAGCCUUCGCUCAAUGACUCUCGUCUUCAACGCCUUCAAGUCCUCCAAUCUCAUCUCCUGGAAACGUACUGGCAGGCUUCAGCAAACCCUAGCUGGAUGCAUAGAGCGGACUGGGAAGACUCUGCACUCCGGCGAGGUUUCCACUGUGAAACUAUGGCCUGAGCUCGCCGGCAAAGGGAGGUAUUUCGAUUUCCGGUCCAAUUUGAUUCCAGCGUCCGUCAAUUUUGCCGAAGAAUCGCCUCUCUGUACCACACUCUGCAAGAAUGGGUUCAGAGUUCGAACCAUUGAGCACUUGCUCUCGGCAUUGGAGGCCAUCGGUGUUGAUAAUUGCAGGAUUGAAAUACAGAAGUCGGAUCCUGAAGAUCACGCCGUCGAGGUUCCGAUCUUUGAUGGCUCUGCAAAAGAAUGGGUAAAGGCGAUAGAACUAGUUGGGUUAAAGGUGGCCACAGAUCAGUUUGGCAAUGGUUGUGAAAAAAUGGCACCUUAUGUGAAUGAACCAAUGCAUGUGUGGAGGAGUGAUUCUUUUGUUGCUGCAUUCCCUUCUCAAAAGAUUCACAUAACUUAUGGGAUUGACUUUCCACAGGUACAUGCUAUUGGCUGCCAGUGGUUUUCUGCCGUUUCCCUGGACAAUUAUUUUUAUUCUGAACAGAUAGCUUCAUCAAGAACCUUCUGCGUUCAUGAGGAGGUGGAGAAAAUGCGCAAUGCUGGACUCAUAAAAGGUGGCUCACCAGAAAAUGCCAUUAUUUGUAGUGCCAGCAAAGGUUGGUUGAACCCCCCACUGCGUUUCCCUGACGAACCUUGUCGCCAUAAGGUCUUGGAUCUUAUUGGUGACCUUUCCCUUUUUGCACAGUUUGGCAGUCAAGGGCUUCCAGUAGCACACAUAGUGGCUUACAAGGCUGGCCAUGCACUGCAUGCUGAUUUGGUACGGCGGCUAUCAGGAAAGAUUUAAAUGCUUACUAUGUUACUGGCGGCUGGCGCUCGUCCAAAAGAGUUGAUUUACCAUUUAGGCCUCCAUUAUUUGUUUCGAGGUUUGGCUCAUACGAGAACUUAACAAAUAUUUCAUAUAUUUUCAUUCAAUCAUAUUAAUUUAUAAAUAUAAACUUUUAUUUACAA